UAUGAGUGACUAACUAAAUUUUAAUUUAAAACUCUAUAGAGAAAGACUAACUGAUAAGUAUUCGAGAAAUAAUUCAAAUUCAAUUAUAGGAUAAGACAAUUUAUUAAGCAGUCAACGAAAAUCAUUCAAAAAAAAGUAAUUCUUAAUGGAAUUGUAGUGCUCCAACUCUCGAUUCCAUAUCAAGUAGAUUAUAGAAUCAUAGCAGUAAUAAACUAAAAACAGAUUCACGUGUUUGCUCUCCAAAAAAUUUAUCAUCACCUGUAACUCUUAAUGGAAUGCAAUAAAAGUAAAAAUAAAUUUUAUUUCAGAAUUAAAUCAAUAACAACAUCACCUUAGCAAUUUGUUAAUAAUAAUUUUGGACAUCCCAUAAGUAGUCCUAAAUCUGUUGUUACACACUUUUAAGGAUUUUAUUAAUCUCCAAGAGCAUAAACUGAUCGCAAUGAAAUUUAAUAAAUAAAAAGAUAUAACUCAAAUAAUGAUAUUACUGAGAUGAUACCCUUUCAUGAUUUAGUUAAUAUGAGAAAUAAACUAGAAAAUUAUGAUAUUAAUGCAGCUCAUAUAUCACCAACUUAUCUAAGUGAAAUAGUAAAAUUGGCACAUGUUAUCAAUACACAAUUAUAGAAAAAAUGA